AGGGCGAGGGGAGUGGCCGCGGCCUCCCCUCGCCCCCGGGUUGCGGCCUAGCCCGGGAAGUCAGAGCGGGUCCUUUGGCCCCGCCGUAACGACCCCCCCCUUCCCCCACCUCCGGCCCGCCGCCCUCGCCGGGGCGAGCUGGGAGCCUCGGGCUCCCGCUCACAGUUCCCGUCCACCCCACCCCCAUCCGCUGCACCCCACCCCCACGGCGCCUGCUCCUUUCCCAACAACCUUUCUCCCCUCCCCCACAUCCGGUGUUGGCGAAACCGUAGGAGCCCGCCGCAGCCCCGGAAAGCCGGCUUGUUCCCGACUCCCGAAGAGAGAACUGACACUAGAUCGCUUUCUUCGCGACAACAGUUUCCCCAGUUUAGCGGUCCCCCACUGCCUAAAUCAAACUGAGUGCCAGGAGCUGAAUUUACCUACUCUCAUUCCUCUCCAGGGUCCCACUACUUGGGAGACACUCUCAAACUCCACAUACAGAAAGCCACCGACCUUAAUCCGGAUUGAUGAAACCGUAAUGAAGAACACCCCCUAAGCUCCCAUAAUCGGUGCGGAUUCCUAUGGGGAAGGCCCAUGUUGUUGACAUCUUGCAGGCCUUGGUUCUGGACCUUGAGAAGGAGGCUGUGGAACUAGUGAUAGCGAUGCUUUUUAGGAUUUGGGGAUAUUCCCUGCCCAAAAAUUUCCUGGAAAAUUGACUAGUAUUAAGUGUGAGUAAAAGGUGUCCACUUUUUUUUAAGUUUUGAUUUUAGUUUUGUCUUGGAUAGUAUUUGGCAAGAUUUAGCCUAGAAACUAUGUAGUAGUUAUUACAUGAGAAUCAAAAUUGCUUUGUUACGGGGCUGGUUUCAAAAUUUAGAACUCAUUUCUCUGUAUCAAAAUUGUUCUUUUUUUGUUUUUGGGGUUUUUUUGUUUUUUUUGUUUUUGUUUUUGUUUUUUUUUUUAAAUUCUUAAAUGGUAAAUGUACCAUUGUGCAAUGAAAUUUCAACUCCCAAAGUUUACCCUUUUACUAACUGGAGUAAAUGAAUAAUUACAAAGUCUUUAGUUGUAGCCAUCAUUUGUAAAAAAAAAAAAAAAAAAAAGAAAAAAAGAAAAAAAAAAAUGAAACCGGGCUGCAUAAGCAAGCCUUUGCAGGGCCAAUAUUGAAUGUCAUGCCAGUGACACUGGUGUUGCUGUAAAAGAAGAAAAAAAAAGUCUUCCCGUGGAUAGAAGCUUUCUGUAUUUUGACAGUCCCAGUUCAGGAUGGCUAUAAUGCUGCUCUGCCUUCUACAGCUUGCUGCACCACUCUGUAGUUACUCGAUAACUAUACGUUUCUAUCUUUUUUGGUUAAACACUCCCUGAAGAUGAUAAAGCUGAUAAUGAUGUACAUACAUCCGUAUUAGUAUUAUACACAUUGAUACAUGUGUAAGGAUCUCCCUUCAUGUUUACUCUGUGGGCUGGGCGAAAUUUAGUGUAACAUAUUGGUACACAUCAUGAUACUUUGGUAUAAGAGUAAGUUCACUAUUUUUAUAAUGAACCCAAAUCUGAAGGCUUUUAUAGUGUAUUUUAAAAGGGAAAACUUACCCAAAUGUUUUAUUUCUACACAUUUGUGUAUAUGUGUGUGUGUGUGUAUAAGCCAGUUAGUAUGUAUGUAUAUGUAUAUUAUAUACAUAAAACACUAUAUUUUUUCAUACAAGUAUGCUUUUAUUAUACAGAUAAUAAAGAUGGGGGAAGGUUUCUGUUUUUUUCUUAAUAGGUGAAGAAAUCUUGAAGACCAGAAAUUGGAUCUUAUUGAAUUUUGGUGUUCUUUUUCUUUUUUCUUUUUCUUCUUUCUUUUUAAAUUAUAUUGUUCGGCUAUGGAAGAUGGAUUUUUUUUUUCCCAAUAAUCUUUUGAAUCUCAAGUUCAUCUUUAAAUGAACUCUCUUUUUGUUGGUUUUUUGUUUUUGUUUUUGUUUUUGAGGAGAUAACUAACCCUAGCUGUCUCCAGUCUGACAAAGGUUAUUCAAAUGGACUUAAUCUCCCAGUAGUUGGGAGAUGUUUUAAAAACACCUCCUGUGUUUGAAUUGUGGCUGAGAGGUUUCCUUGGCAAUGUGAGGAGGAAAAUUCUUUCUGCCUCAUUAUUAUUAAUUCAUGGAUUGAGUGUUGGUUCGACCUACAGGCGUAAUAGAUUGGAACUCAGUGAAGACACAGAGGUUCCUGUUGAGAGCAAGCAGCUAAUGAUUGCAUUUUAAAGACGAUUUCUGUGAUUGAGUGGUCUUUUGGAAGAUUAAACCCAUUUCAAGAGGACUUGGAGCUGGUCCUCGCCUUGAGGAAGCAGUGGCUUGUUUUCAAGAAGCCACUUCUAAUCUGAGGAUCUACCCAGCAUGCCUAAUCAAGGAGAAGACUGCUAUUUUUUUUUCUAUUCUACAUGUACCAAAGGUGACAGCUGUCCAUUCCGUCACUGUGAAGCGGCACUAGGAAAUGAAACUGUUUGCACAUUGUGGCAAGAGGGGCGCUGUUUUCGACAGGUGUGCAGGUUUCGGCACAUGGAGAUUGAUAAAAAACGUAGUGAGAUUCCGUGUUACUGGGAAAAUCAGCCAAUGGGAUGCCAGAAGCUGAACUGCGCUUUCCAUCACAACAGAGGACGUUACGUUGAUGGCCUUUUCCUACCUCCAAGCAAAACUGUGCUCCCCAGUGUGCCUGAGUCACCAGAAGAGGAAGUGAAGGCUAACCAGCUCACAGUUCAACAGAACAAACUGUCUGUCCAGUCUAAUCCCUCCCCUCAGCUGCGAAGUGUUAUGAAAGUAGAAAGUUCGGAAAAUGUUCCCAGCCCCACCCAUCCACCAGUUGUAAUCAAUGCUGCAGAUGAUGAUGAAGAUGAUGAUGAUCAGUUUUCUGAGGAAGGCGAUGAAAGCAAAACGCCCAUCCUGCAACCAACUCCCGAAGUUCACAACGGAUUACGAGCAGCUUCUGCCCGCAAACCUGGGGUCACUUUGAAGCAAGGUGAAUGUUUGAAUUUUGGAAUAAAAACCCUUGAGGAAAUUAAGUCAAAGAAAAUGAAGGAAAAAUCCAAGAAGCAAGGUGAAGGUUCUUCCGGAGUUUCCAGUCUUUUACUCGAACCUCAGCCCAUUCCUGGUCCUGAAAAAGAGAAUGUCCGGACAGUAGUGAGGACAGUAACUCUUUCCAGCAAACAAGGAGAAGAACCCUUGGUAAGAUUGAGUCUAACCGAGAGACUGGGAAAACGAAAAUUUUCAGUAGGUGGUGACAGCGAUCCUCCAUUAAAGCGUAGCCUUGCACAGAGGUUAGGGAAGAAAGUUGAAGCUACAGAAACAAACACUGACAAAGCACCAAAGAAAGUUCACGUUUCCAAGUCUCUGAAGGAGCGAUUAGGCAUGUCAGCUGGUCCAAACAGUGAGGAGGCAGCAGAGAAAGUUACUAAAGUUGGUGAGAUUCACGUGAAGACAUUAGAAGAAAUUCUUCUUGAAAAAGCUAGUCAGAAACGUGGAGAAUUACAACCUAAACUCAAGACAGACGGACCUUCAAAAGUCGAUGAUUCUACUUUAGGAACAAGAAGCCCCUCCACUAUCCGAAUCAAAACCUUCUCUGAGGUCUUGGCAGAAAAGAAACAUCGGCAGCAGGAAGCAGAGAGACAAAAAAACAAAAAGGAUGUAACUUGUAUCAAGCUGAAGGCCGACAGCGAAAUUAAAAAAACGGUGGUUUUGCCACCUCUAGUCAUCAGCAAAGUAACGUCGGAGGAGCCCGCAGGGAGAACCAAGUCUAUGCAGGAAGUGCACAUCAAGACGCUGGAAGAGAUUAAACAGGAGAAGGCGCUGCGCGGGCAGCAGAGCUCAGAGAGCAGCAUCGGUUCCCAGCAGCAACCCGAGGCCACCCCCGGGGCAAGGCGGCUUCUCCGAAUCACAAAAAAACCAGGUACAAAAGAAGAGAAGAAACUUCAAGAAGGAAGUGAAGUGGUUUCUCAGAGCACUGUUACUAGAACAGAGGCUAAAGAGGCUUCAGAAGAGACCACGGGAGUUGGCAUCCCUAAAAUUCAAGCCAAGAGAUGUGAGACCAUGAGAGAGAAGCACAUGCAGAAACAAUUGGAGAGGGGAACGACGCAGAAGGAAAAAUCAGUUUUGACACCCCUUCGGGGAGAUGUAGACUCCUGCAACACUCAGAUAGCAGAGAAGGCCCUGCUCGCGGCUGCGCCAGGCAUCACACGGCACCUGACAAAGCGGCUGCCCACAAAGUCGUCCCAAAAAGCAGAGGUAGAAACCUCAGGAAUUGGGGACUCAAUAUUGAAUGUGAAAUGUGCAUCACAGACCUUGGAAAAAAGGGGUAAAGCUAAACCCAAAGUCAACGUGAAGCCAUCUGUCGUUAAAGUGGUCUCAUCCCCCAAGUUGGCCCCCAAGCGCAAGGCGGCGGAGGUGCACCCUGCUGUCAUUGCAGCUGUGAAGCCACUCGGCUCCAGCAGCGUCCUACAGGAAAGCCCCACCAGGAAAGCAGCUGUGGCUGUCGUCCCACUCCUCUCUGAGGACAAGUCAGUCGCUCUGCCUGAGACAGAAAAACCCAGAGACAGUCUUGCGCUGCCUCCAGUCCAGUCCUCUUCCGAUCCCUCCCCACCGGAAGUAUCUGGCCCUUCUUCAUCCCAGGUGGCUACGAAAACUCGCCGACUCAGCUCUGCCUCAACAGGAAAGCCCCCGCUUUCAGUGGAGGAUGAUUUUGAGAAACUAAUAUGGGAGAUUUCAGGAGGCAAAUUAGAAGCUGAGAUCGACUUGGAUCCUGGGAAAGAUGAAGAUGACCUUCUGCUUGAGCUGUCAGAGAUGAUUGAUAGCUGAAGGCGGUAGAACACUUAAAACAAAAAAAAACACAAAAAACAAAAAACUGGACUUAGUUUCAUCUAUUAUAACAUUUACCCAAGAUGAUCAUUUCUUUAGUCUAGAAUUUGCCCCGUAUCAGAAGUAUACCUCCGAAUUACCUGUUCUGGAUUCCUUGGGGUCAGAUUUUUAAAGUCCCUUGAUAACCAUUGUCCAUUCGAUGCCAUUGUCUAGCAUCUAUAAGAAAAAUGUCUUGUCUUACACCUCUCCACAAAAAAACUGAGAGGGAGAUCCAAGUCGAAGGGUGCGAGAGAACUUAGUGACUCCUUGAGGUGUUUGUCAGUUUGGGCUUUUUUCCCCUUUGCUGUGUAUUUCUUUUAUGUCUUGUCUUAAUGUACUUAAUGUUACCUGAGUUUGAAAAGGAUGAAGACAGCUGCUGCCAUUAAGGACCAAAUUUCACACUACCACUAAACAAAAAAUCCACUCAGUCUGUGUUAAAUUGUAUGUCUUUUUAAAGGUAUUUGGAGAUCCAACUAAGCUUUAGAGAGGGCUGAGCAGCUCAGAAAGCUUGUAAUCUGGACAUAACUUUUUCAACCUGAUUUUCAUGCUUCUGCUGCUCUGUAAGCCUCUAAAAAGCAAUAGCUAAUUUAUUAUUACUGUAAUUUUUUAAGGCUUUAAAGUGCCUCAGGGGUCCUCUGAAACUAAUUUUCUAUUUCUGGGAUUCCCUGGAUUCUUAACAAGAGAUGGUGACAGAAUGAUUAGAGGAAUUCUUUUUUUAGCAUGAAAGUUGUCCCUUCUCUUCUUCAGUACUUGCCUCCUACUGGCAUUGAAUUAUCACAGGGAUAAAAAUUGGUUAAUUUUUUAUUUCUAACUCUCCCAGCAAACUCGUCUCGCCCAGUAUUUAUUUGGUACUCGUUAACCGCCAGGGGGAAAAAAAUGGAACUCCUCCAAGCUGCCAAUAUUUAUCUACGAACUGUAGCAGUACGCUGAACCGUACUGUAGCAGGGAUUAUUGAGAUGCUCUGGGGGUGUAUUGUAUACCUUCCAGUUCUCUUCAUUUCGGAAUUGAAUUUUCUUUUCUUGAUGUCGGUCUCCUUCGUAUCACCUCAAGGUUUAGACGUGUGAAGGAACAAGCAUGAUGGGGAGAAGAGUCUUAAAAGGAGACAUGUUGUACAUAAUCGGAAGGAAGAGGAAAGGAGGACUUGUCCAUUUUGAUACUUUGCUGUGGGUGGCCAGUUUGUUUCUCAUAGGGAAAUCUGACCCACCUGUCGUGUUGGCUCCUAAGGAACUGCUGUUGUAAGCGGCUCAUCGAGAGUUGAACUUCAUGUAGCCUUGUUGGGAAUAUGGAAAAGGAAGAAAGCCACAGGACUGCCCAUUCAGUCUUGGGAAGAUCUGGAUGAUUCUGCACAAGCAAAAAUGACUUGAAACUUAUGUAUAGACACCUCUCUACCAAUCCUUCUUCAGCUGACUGAAUGUUGUAUAAUAGCCCUUCUCCAAAGCAGGGGUGGAAUGUUCUGGUUUCACCACAGAUUUUCUACUCAUUUCAUUUUUGGAAUCAGCUUAAAGAUUCCAGGUCCCUUUUGUAUAUAACCUUUAUUCUUUUGCUUUUUUAAAAAUAAUUUUGUUUCAUAUUUAAAGUCCUUGUAUUAGUCAAUGAUUCAUGUUCAGCAUUAUUUGAACCAUUUGCCAUUACAAGAAAGAGAAAUACUUAUUUGUGUUUUAAAUAAAGCCGGUGUAGGAAAGUCUGGA